UCUGGAGCCUUACCUUAAACUGUUCGGCUAUGGUGGCCUUAAGUUAAAAAUAGUACAUUUUCACUUGAUUGUAGGAAUGCAUUUUGCUAAGAGAGAGACAAAUCAAUCGCUUGAUGCAGGAAUUCUUUAUAGAAAUAGUGAAUACGGCUUAUUACCAGAAUCCACUGCUUUACCUUCUUGGGCCGAUACUCAAAAUUCCUUUUUUAAAACAGAAGUAAACAGUAAUAUUAAUACCCCAGAGUUGAGUCCUGGCUUUAUUAGUCAGCAGGAUUCUUACAACAACGUUUUUCUGAGCGACAACGCUACAAAUAUGACUGAGUUGGCCCGAUUACCUGAUCAACUCGUAGAAAAUGAAGUAUACAAUCCUUUUACUCGUAACAUUUUAACUGUACCUUACAACUUUAAAGUGGACUCUCUUCAGAGCAGCCCUGUAGAUAAGGUUUCAAGCUUAGAAAAUCUGAAUGCCUCUGAAAUAUCCAAAUCCGUGGAUGACCACUUUAGACGGGCUUUACGUCGAGUCUCUAGUGAAUCUAAUAUUGCCAAAGAGGAGCAAUGGACUGACUACCGCUUUGACGCGAAAGUUAACGACGAGAAAGGGGAUUACAAAGGGUUACAGGAGAACACUGUAGUCGAUGCGGAUAGUAGGCCCCUACGUGUUCGCAAUCUCCCAGCUUCCUUUUUUCGACCAAAGACGAUUGCCUGCCACGUGGGUAAGAUGGACUCCCUUCGGCUCAACGUGCAACCGCGCUUUCCUUCUCUCUCUGAACCCGGCGAGGAGUACACCCCACCUAUUAACCUCCAAAGUGAUUUAGCUUCGUUGAAACCUGUCGGGAUAACUUCUACACUCUUUUCGAGUUCUACAAAUCUGCGUCAUCAAAUUUGGAAUGAACUCGAAAGUUUGAAGGUUCUCUACGCGCAAACUAGUUCUGAAAUUUACCACCAACAGCAGUCGUGCGGUUCUGCGAACUCGCAGCUGUACGGGCAGCUUCAAUUCAUAUGCGAGAGGCACAGAAGCCUUAUGCAACUUUUUAAUGGGUGUUCCGCAGAACAACAAGCGGAGAUCCCUUCGGACGGCUUGCGAAUGCCCACUUCCAACCUCAAUCCUUUAUCGACAGCGCGGAACUGGUCGGGAAGCCCUCGCUUUGCAAUACCCUCUACCCAAAGUCACAGGCAGUCGCCGGUUUCUUUGGAAUCCCUCUGGGGGCACAGUCCGUCGUCCUCACCGCUCACUCCUUCUCCCCGCGGGGCGGGUAUCAACACCCUCAAUGUUCUGUCCACCGGCCCUGAUGGUUCGGCCGGUGCCACCACUGACGGUUAUCUACCUCGUGAAUUGUGACUGACGCUACCAGAAAUUUAUAAUUUUUUUUAAUUUGUAAUCACUGAGGAGAUAUUUCAAAAUGUAUU